AAACUUCGAUUCAGAGGCGACUUGUACACUCCAGCUUGGGUCCGCGGGACAGGCAAUUCCAGAGAAGCAUGGUGUGACAAGUGUGAAGAGGGAGGAUGGAUGCAGCUCAAGAACAGCCAGUACUGGUACCACGUGCGAGGGACGCAUGGCAUUAGCCCCACCUCUGGUCUCAUCUUCCUGCCGCCACUGAAGCUAAAGUGCUACGCUGAUGCUGUCGGCACUACAGAAGGACUGUGUCAUCACUGUCACAAGUGGGUUCAAAUAUGUACGGCCAAGCGCAAGCGCGACUUCAGCGGCUGGUUCAAGCACAGCGCCAAAUGUCAC